AUGGAUUUCGAGAGCUUGAAGAGUCAGGUCAGCAAUCUGACGCUUUACGACCUGAAGGCAGGUGUCCGUAAAGUCCAGAAUGCUGUCAUGAAUUACACCGAGAUGGAGUCCAAGGUCCGAGAAGCCACCAACAACGAGCCUUGGGGAGCAUCCACCACCAUGAUGAACGAGAUUGCCGCUGGAACAUUCAACUAUCAAAUUCUCAACGAGAUUAUGCCCAUGAUCUACAAACGCUUCACAGAAAAGACGGCCGAGGAAUGGCGACAGAUCUACAAGGCUCUCCAACUACUCGAAUUCCUGAUCAAGAACGGCUCCGAGAGGGUCAUCGACGAUGUGCGAUCCCACCUUUCCCUCAUCAAGAUGCUGCGCCAAUUCCAUUACAUCGACCCGAACGGCAAGGACCAGGGCAUCAAUGUCCGCAACCGAUCAAAGGAACUUACCGAACUUCUCAGCGACGUCGACAGGAUUCGGUCUGAGCGUAAGAAGGCAAGACAGAACAAGAACAAGUACAGCGGUGUCGAGGGUGGAGCUGGUCUUGGAGGUUCAAUGUCCACCUCCACCAGCAGAUACGGUGGCUUUGGCAGUGAGUCUGCACCUGGAGGCUACGGUGGAGCUACAAGACAAGUCUACGGUGAUGGUGGUGGCUUCGGAGGUGAGACUGUGCAAGACGACUGGGAGGAGCGCAGUCAGAGCCGCAGCAGAGGUCAGGACAGGUUCGAUGAAUACGACGAGUACGACGAGGGCUCAGCAGCGGCACCACCGAGAAGAAAGGCAGAGUCCUCAAGGACCGGAACCAAGACAUCAACAGCAGCAGCAAAGAAGCCCGAACCUCCAAAGCCAAAGGAGCCAGAGGUUGACCUCUUCGAUUUUGGUGAUGAGCCAGCUUCGCUCGCCGCUCCCGCCAUGUCUGCCGUGUCUUCCAACGGCAAGCAGCCUGCGGAUGACGGAUUCGGUGCUCUCCAGUCAGGCGGUGCAGAUGACGACGACUUUGACGACUUCCAGUCCGCUGCCCCAGCUGCUGCUCCCGCUCCGGCAGUUGCAGCAGUCCCCAAGCCCAACUACACGCCCAACUACACAUCUAUUGCACCUCCUGUUUCUACCGCCACACCCAACACUCAAUUCGCACAGCCCCAGCCAAGACAGGGCACCAACAAUGCUGCCUUCAGCACUCUCUUCUCCACCACAUCUCCCGUCACUGGCGCAGCAGCAGCACCGCCGCCACAAAACAUUGCAUCACCAAUGUCGGCAACCCAACCACGUGCAGGAGGCUUCCAGGCUGCACAGCCCAACUACUUCACAUCCGUCAGUGCGACCCAAUCACAGCCGGCAUCUACAGUGGCAUCUCCUAGCAUCAAGUCGCCCAUCGGAGGUGCUCCCAAGCCCAAGGCUAGUGGUGAUGCCUUUGCUGCUCUGCUUUCCGGUACCAACAUCAAGAAGGCAGGCACGCCCGGCAACAAGGGACCUACCAUGGCAGAUAUGGCCAAGCAAAAGGCUAGCGCUGGUAUCUGGGGGACAACUAGCCCUGCAGCAGCAUCUGCUCCUCAGAACGGCGGUCAAAAGACUGGAGGAGCCAUGGACGACUUGCUUGGUUAA